AUGGUUUUCUACCCGUCUGCUUGGAUCCCUCCGCUUCCAGCGAUUCCCGAAAAUGUCCCAGUUUGCGAAUUUCUAUUCGACGAGCGAUACGGCCGAAGCGCAUAUUCUCACUCGCUCGAUGCGUAUACUUGUGCGUUGACCGGAAGGUCAAUCACGGCGAGUCAACAAAGGGAUGAUGUCUACAACCUGGCCCGUGGAUUAUCGAGCGUGACCGGUUGGAAAGUCAAUUCAGGAUCGGAGUAUGACAAGGUUGCGGCCAUAUUUGCCCACAAUGCUGUGGAAGUCAUGACGACUUCCUGGGCCGUUCACAGACUCAACGGCGUCUCGUCGCCAGCCAGUGCAGCUUUGAGUGCGAGUGAGUUGCGACACCAACUCCAAGCAUGUCGAGCAACAGUCCUUUUCACCGUGAUGCCACUGCUUCCUGUGGCCCUGGAAGCAAUCAGUGGUACCAAGGUCAGCAGAGACAAAGUCUUUCUUUGCGAGUCUCCACAGGAUUCACGAAUCCCCGAAGGCAUGAGAUCAGUUGCUACGCUGAUCAAGGAAGGGAUAAAGCAGCCACAACUGGACAGUAUCCGCUGGAAGAGCGGACAAGGAUCACGCCAGUGUGCGUAUUUGUGCUUCUCGAGUGGAACAUCUGGCUCUCCUAAGGGGGUCGUUAUUUCUCAUAGAAAUGUGAUUGCGAACAUCAUCCAGAUUGCGACAUACGAGAAACCCAGCCGCGACCCUUUGGGACCUGAAUUCCACGACAUAGCACUAGGAUUGCUCCCUCAGUCUCAUAUUUACAGCUUGAUUGUUAUAUGUCAUGCGUCGACAUAUAGAGGAGAUCAAGUUAUAAUCUUGCCCAAGUUCAGUCUGCCUAUCUAUCUUCAGACUAUCCAGAAAUACAAGAUCAAAACACUUUAUAUUGUCCCUCCCGUUAUCAUCGCUAUGCUUCAAAGCAAGCCGAUGCUGGAUGGAGUGGAUUUGUCGAGUGUGACCUCCAUCUACACAGGAGCCGCCCCUCUAGGUAGGGAGACGGCGGAGAAGAUCGCCGUGCAAUACCCCAUGUGGAAGAUUCGACAGGCAUACGGGUUAACUGAGAUUGCCACCUGUGCCUCGUCAACACCUCCAUCCGACGUAUGGCUUGGGUCUGCAGGCUGUCUACUACCCGGAUUCGAAGCCAAGGUCAUUGAUAUCAAUGGUAACGAGAUUACUAAACACAAUACUGCGGGAGAAUUGUUUCUCAAGUCUCCGAGUGUGGCUCUGGGGUAUCUGGCGAAUGAGUCAGCGACGAGAGAAACCUUUGUAGAACUACCCGAAGGGCGAUUCAUGCGCACUGGAGAUGAGGUAGAGAUACGAGUCUCACAGCAAGGCUUCGAGCACAUAUGGGUGGUAGAUCGAAUCAAAGAGCUUAUCAAGGUUAAGGGUCACCAAGUUGCGCCUGCUGAGCUUGAAGCCUUCCUGCUGACCCAUCCAGCCGUGGCUGAUGCUGCUGUCAUAUCGAUCCCUGAUGAGAGGGCGGGAGAGUUACCCAAAGCUUUUCUUGUUCUAUCCGCCUCAUGGAAAGCGAAGAAAGGAGACCAGAGUUUGAAACAAGACAUUGUAAACUAUGUGGCAAAAGAAAAAUCACGACACAAAUGGCUCGAUGGUGGUGUUGAGUUCAUCGAUGUGAUCCCCAGGAGUGUGGCAGGGAAGAUAUUGCGCCGAAAAUUGAAAGAUUUAGAUAACGAUGCAAGAAAGCAGAUUCGGGGGAGAAUGUGA